AUCUCUAAAAUGUAAGAAGUACUUAUCGAUUUGGUGUGAAAUAAUGACAAAUAAUAUAUAAUAAACGUUUAAUUUACAAAAUACCAGCCUGUGUGUUUAUCAAAUAAGCAUAUAGUGUAUGAUUGACAUUUUAAAUAGCUUUAUGUUUCAAUUAAUAAUGUUAAUUUUUUUAAUAAAUCAAAGUGAGAAUUAACUCGUGAAGGUGGAUUUGGCGCCAUUCAUGCGGACGAAAACUGGCUGACCAUGGCCCAGCACAUCCUGUCCGUGGAGCCGGAGCUGCCCGGCAAGGGCAAGGGCGAGUCCGGGGAGCGCGAGCUGUCCGUGACCUUGGACGACAGAGACCUCUGGCUGCGCUUCGAGCAGCUCACCAACGAGAUGAUCGUGACCAAAAAUGGCCGACGCAUGUUCCCCGUGGUCAAAGUCACUGCCACCGGCCUGGACCCCAAGGCCAUGUACACCGUCUACCUCGAGUUCGUCCAGAUAGACCCCCACCGCUGGAAGUACGUCAACGGCGAAUGGGUCGCAGGCGGCAAGGCCGAAGUGGCCCCCUCCAAACCCGUCUACAUGCACCCCGAGUCCCCCAACUUCGGCGCCCACUGGAUGAAAGAGUCCAUCUCCUUCGCCAAAGUCAAACUAACCAACAAAUCAAACGGUAACAACGGCCAACAAAUCAUGCUCAACUCCCUCCACAAGUACAAGCCCACGGUGCACCUGGUCAGAGUAGGCACGGAAUCGGGCAGGUUCAUGACGUUCCCGUUCCCCGAGACCCAGUUCAUCGCCGUCACCGCCUACCAGAACGAGGAGGUGACAGCCCUCAAGAUCAAGUACAACCCGUUCGCCAAGGCAUUCUUGGAUGCGAAAGAGAGACCGGAUAGUAUCUACCAGAGGGAGUACUCUCCGACGUACGGGCAGCAGCAGCAGUACUCGCAGUACGGCUCGUGGUUUCUGCCACAUCAGCCAAUUUACCCGGCGGUGACGGCUACAGUGCAGUUGUCUACGUGCGACCGCCUCCCGGCUAGGACCGCCCUCAAAAACAACCGAGCGUCGCCCUAUCCCGCCUUGCAGCGACCCAAGUCGGCUUCGGUGUCUCCGCCUCCACACGUGUAUAAUCCGCCAGACCACGUGCAGCAAGCCACCGCCUACACCGCUUCAAGCCCCACCUACACGACGUGGUCGAGCGUGCAGCCGCAAACCCCCACCACCAUCAUGAGCCCCACCAUCAACUGCUGGUCACUCACGUCGUCCCCGCCCGCUCCCUACCAGCUCUCGGCCCAGCCCACCCCCAACCAGUCCCCCAGCCACCAGAUCUACCAACCCGUCACCAACUUAACUAAUCUGUCGUACCCCGGGUACUACAAUCAAGACGUCUCGUGCACGCACUACCAGAACCCGGAGUACAUUUCGGUCGUGAACGCGGAAAGUCCUUACACCCAGAUUGCGUCAGAGAGGGGCACGCCCGUCGGGUACCACCCGAGCGAAGUAGGCGGAGUCAUCGACGACGCCGGGAGUUCGCAGAACCAGCCGGAGUCGCCCGAGUCCAGCUCCAGCACCCCCAGACACGAAUGGGUCGCCCAAAAUCACAUAUAGUUGUAAAGUUGUAAAUAGUUAAUAAAUAAGUUUGAGUUUGA